GUUCCGAAUCUAGUAAGUCCGCUCCCACUUACAAGUCAUUAUGGAUAGAGUAGUACUUGGAGUUGUUCUGUCUAUCAAGGUAUAUCGUUCUAUCGGUGUCUGCCCCUCCAAGCAGCCCCUCCAUAUUCUUCAGGUCUAGAAAAUUCCAAGACAAACUUUUAUUAAAUAGCAAUCGACAUAAAAUUUCACGAUGGGACGUCCUAAGCGAAAUGUUCUCGCGGCCGCAGAGGCUGCAUUGACACCUCCUGAUUCUCUUGAGCCCAACCAGUCUCUCGUUCGCGUUGUCAAGCCUGAAGGAAACAACCUCUACACGUGUGAGCUUCCAAACGGCAAAACCCUUGUACUGGAACUGGCCCAGCGAUUUCGAAACACCAUUUGGAUCAAGCGCGGCGGGUUUGUUUUGGCUGAACGAUACGAAGAUGGCAAGGAGGACACUCGGGCAGAGGGAGAAAUUGUAAAUGUUGUCCGUGAUGAGAAGGCUUGGCGCAAACAGCCAUAUUGGCCCAAAGAGUUUGUCAAAAACACAUACGACAUGAGCGACUCCGAGGACGAAUCCAAUGUCGGGAAGAUGCCCCCCAGUGACUCCGAAGAUGAGUGAAAAUGCACUUCUAGAUCCAGAUCUAUUUGUUCUUAUCAUCAAUGUUCCCGACUUGGGCUGCGGGAGCGGGAACGGCACGUCUGGCUGUUCCCAGAUAGACCAACACAACUGUCGCCAGCAUUGUGUUCACAGCGAUGGUUGAGCUGAGGUCGGUGCUUGGGUAUACAUUCCAGGCCCAUUCCUGCGCGGCCCAGAUAAUUGCCACGAUGAUGGGGUCUUCGGUGGCUCGCCAGAGGAGAUAGGGUGUUGCCCAGGCGAGAUAGGCAUAGAAUUGGUAGUGCAGUGACCGAGCGAACAGCAGACCAAUGAGGUUGGCGGUGAGCAUCGUUGUCAUGACGUACUCAGGGGUGACGUAGUGAGAGAUGCGAAGCUGUUCCUGCAUGGUAAACGGGGACUUGAGUCGCAAGAAGGAGGGUAUCAGGUCGUAGAGCGAUCGUCCAGUUGGUUGGAUCCAUCUUUUGGAGAUGAAUAUCAAGAGCACCAGAAUAUGGCAGGCCAGAAGAGAUAGAGCAAAAUACUUGCUGAGGAAAACUUCCUCGCCCAACAUGCGCCAGUUGACCGUCCACUUGAAUUGAAACUGUCGUGAUAGUUCAAAAGCCCGAGCCGCAUACCCACGAGGGUUCUUAGUGAUAAACGGAAGUCCAAUGGCGAACUGAAUCUGGGCCAUGAGCCAUGCGAGACGAAGGCUAGGCCAUAACCCUCUACCCAGAAAAAGGAUGACGCCAAUAGCAGGUAGAACCAGUAGUAGCGACAUCUUGAUUCCAAGACCCCAAGAAUAUACUAGACUUCCAACGGUCCAUUGUCGGCGUUGGAAAAGAAAGAUGGUUAGCCAUAGGAAGAAAACGGCGAAGCAG